GUGGGCUGAGACCCUGCUGGUCACUCUGACUGUCUGUCGUCAGGUUCAGAAUUUGAAAGAAUAGUCAGUGAAAGGUGGUAUUUUCAACUGCGAAAUGGAUUUAUUUAGUGAUUUACCAGAGCCGACGCAUACUGUUCCAGGUGAAGGCCACCCGAAGACCCCCGUUCCUUCGCUUUUUGAUGACCUGCCCCCAGCAUCGGACACACCAGUAAACUCAGACAAAGAAAUCUGCUCCAUUCCUCCAGUGACCAAAGAGGUGAAGGCAGAGAAGAGAAAAGCAGAAGAUAAAAAUGGAUCAAAGGUGCAGAAGAUUGCAGAAAAGAAAGUUUGUAAAGGAAUCCCUAAGCUUAAAGGUUAUGUGGCAGCCCGCAAGGGUGAGCGUGAAGAGAUGCAGGAUGCUCAUGUCUUAUGUGAUCUUACUGCUGACGUGUCUCCUUUACCAGACUCUGUCUCCCAUCUAGCCUACUUUGCUGUUUUUGAUGGUCAUGGUGGCACCAGAGCUUCAAAAUUUGCAGCUCAGAAUCUUCAUCUACACCUUGCAAGCAAAUUUCCCAAAGGUGAAGUGAGUAACAUGGAAAAACUACUAAAAAAGUGCCUUAUUGACACGUUCAGACAAACGGAUGAGGAGUUUCUCAAACACGCCUCCAGCCAAAAGCCUGCAUGGAAGGAUGGUUCCACAGCAACCUGUGUGCUAGCAGUGGAUGAUGUACUGUAUAUCGCCAAUCUUGGAGAUAGUCGGGCAGUGUUGUGCCGAGUUUUUGAGGAAGAGAACAAGAAGAUAACUGCUUUGCCACUAAGUAGGGAGCACAACCCCACACAGUAUGAAGAAAGAAUGCGAAUCCAGAAAUCAGGAGGCACUGUACGAGACGGCAGAGUACUGGGUGUACUAGAAGUCUCACGUUCACUAGGGGAUGGUCAGUUUAAGCGUUGUGGUGUGAUCUGUACCCCUGAUGUACGCCGCUGUCAGAUUACUCCAAAUGACAGGUUCUUCUUCCUUGCCUGUGAUGGUCUCUUUAAGGUAUUCAGUCCGGAGGAGGCAGUCAGCUUUGUUCUGGUCACUCUUGAGGAUCAGACCUUGGAGCUGAAAGAAGGGAAGACCCUGCAGGACAUUCAGUAUGAGAGUGCGUGUCAUCGUUUGGCCAAUGAGGCUGUGCGCCGAGGAUGUGCAGACAAUGUCACAGUUCUUCUUGUUGCCAUUCAGCACUAACAAGACUGAAAACCCCAAAGUCUUGUUUUCUGCUCCAGAAUUUCUUCAAGUAGCAUCUCAGCUGGACUGAAUCCUACAGGACACCAGGCCUUGAACUGCAAUUGAACAAUGUUUAUUGUUGGUGGUGUUUUUUUUUUUUUUUUUUUUUUUUUUUUUUUUUUUGUAAUUGUUUCUGUAUCUGGUCAUUAAAAGUUGUUUCUUUGUUUUA